AUAUAGGAUAACGUUAUAAUAUUGGUAUUCAAUCAUUGUGCUCAAUUUUGUACAAUGCGAUUGGGCAGUUAUUUUUUAAUGGAUUUUUUUUAAUGAGCACCCCUGACCUUGGCCAUGAAAUUUGUGCACUGAUCGAAUGGUCAAUAGUAAUUAUAAUUCCCAUUGACGAGAUGCAAACACUGGGUUUAUCAUUUCGCUUCGAUUCUCAUCUCAACUCGACUCACACAUUUCCAAAACCUAGAUUGAUGACCAGUGCUAAUGAAGGUGAUACGGCUAAACACAAAGUAACAAUGAAUAAGCAAGUGAAAUCGGAUUUGUACCAGGGUCUCUUUCCCAUUUACCACUUGAGUAAAGGAUUUGGGCUAUUACCAGUGAGAUUCACUAUCCAAGCAAGUGGGAGAUAUAAUUCCAAGAUUCACGUGCUUGAGAUUAUAUACGGGGUUUGUCUACUUUUGCUAUUUAUCUGCGCUGAAAUUUGGGGCCUUUGGAGAGACCUCAGGGACGGAUGGGUACACAGCACCAGGCUGAAGCAUCAGACUGCGUUAAAUGUUACCAUUGGAGACGUCGUUGCCGUUGCUCUUUUAGCUGCUGUUGGAGUACUUGGGGCUCCUUUUCGGUGGAAGUACAUUCAGGAGAUUAUGGGACGUCUGGUUGACGCCGACGAAAGGAUUGGAUUUAUCAACGCAAAAAAAACACGGAGAUUCGCAAUAAUCAUCACCGGAGGUGCACUUGUUUAUUUGAUAACAAUAUCUUCUCUUGAUGUUUAUGUUUGGGACAUGCAAACUAAACUGAAAAGAAAAAUGCCUGACAAAGGUCCCAUCAACUACUCUCCCAUAUAUUUUCUAUACAUGCAGGCGUUAAUGAUUGAAAUACAAUACACCAUUACUACCUACAACCUGAACGAACGUUUCUUGAGACUGAAUAAGAAUUUGGAAACUUUAUUGAAAACUGGAAGGAAUCUCUCGGAAAAAGAUGUCAACUUCAGUAGUGAAUGCAAGGAUCAGAAUGAAUUUUUAACAUAUCCACGGGCCGGAAUAGAAGCAAGACCUGCAAGGGUCUUUAGAACGCCCAAAGUAUCAGACUGGAUGGCUGGUGAUGGAGAAACUCGUGAAACAACAGACACAAUCUCUCAAUUGAUAAAUGUGCACUCAUCGAUUUGCGACACCAACGUACUCCUCAACAAGGCAUUUGGGUUACCAAUCCUCGUGGUUACGAUUACUUGUUUACUCCACUUGAUUAUCACUCCCUACUUCUUGAUGAUGGAAGCAAACAGCGACAAAGAGGCAUUAUUCAUUGCUGUACAAUUCGCCUGGUGUGCAUUCCAUGUAUUUAGGAUGUUGAUAGUAGUUCAGCCUUGUUAUGCAACAACAACAGAAUCAAAAAGAACAGCGGUGUUAGUCAGUCAGUUACUUACUUAUCAUUGGGAACCUUAUGUGAGGAAACAACUUGAACUCUUCUCGCUCCAGCUUCUGCACAGACCAUUGGACUUCACUGCUUGUGGACUCUUUUCUUUAGAUCGGGCUCUAAUCACUUCGAUGGCCGGUGCAGUUACCACAUAUCUAGUUAUUCUCAUCCAAUUUCAAAAAGCCGAUGACACCAAAGAUGCAAAUAAUAUGUUGAAGAAUGCCACUCUUCUGCUUCAAAAUGUGUCGUCAUUACACAAUUCAACGGGUGUGAAGACUCCAUAGA